GUGAGCAAGUGGUACAUGCCAUCAACUAACCCAUUCUACAAGGGGUGGGGGGUGGUUAUUGCUUCGAAGGAGAGACUCCCAUAUAAACACAAUCACAGAUGUCUCGGUCCAAGCUGUCUGCCUCUCUCUCGCCCUCUGCCAGAUUCUAAUCACUAGCACCAGCACUGAGAGAGACGGAGAGAGAGCUGAGAGAGAGAGGGAGGGAGGAAGAGAGAGAAAGAGAGGGGAGUGAGAGCAAGCAAGAAAGCUGAGAGAGAGCUGAGAAAGGGGGGAGAGAGAGCAAGCGAGAGAGCUAAGAGAGAGGGAGAGAGAGAGAGAGCUGAGAAGAGAGAACAAGCAAGAGUAUGUAUACUACAGAAUCCACUGCCUUCUCUACUAUUCCCACAUCUCUGUGCUUGUGAACUGGAGCAAGGAGUGAAUCUAAGGAGCAUGUUUUGCUUCUCCUUUCAAACGGGUGUAUUUCAGGACUGUCAGCUACAAUGUUGGCAUGAAAUUAAAUGAAAAAAGGCUUUGAGUUGGUCUGUCUUGGAGGUGGAAAAGAGCUUGGAAACAUAGAAAAGCAAACUGUAUAUCAUAGACUGAAUUGGAUUCAACGCAACAAGGGAAACGCUGUCAAACUGGAGUUACAAUUAAACCUUAAGGGACUGGCACUGAGGACGCGACCCUGCUGCCCGUGGAUUGGAUACCUCGCACUACCCGGAUCAGCCUGCUCAGACUCAUAGCUCCUCAGUGGGGCAAGUCACUUUGUGUACUUCACUGGGGAAAGAGGAGGAAGCUGACUUUAUGGGUCCCUUCCAACAAGUUGGAAAUCGCAAAUUCAACAAUGAGAGGUUUGGAAGGUAUCAGUGGCUAACUGCAAGCAUUGCAAAGCAACCACUAGCCUGCUAUUCAGUGGAGUGGCUGUGUGUUUUUUUUCAGAGUUUCCACCCUAAAUACAGAGAAUGCCAGACUUUGAUGACAAAGUUUGCCCACAAAGGACCGCCGUGCCAACUUCCUGUUUAAGUGAGCACACCACAAGGUAAUGACGUGGCUCAGGUUUGACCCCGGAGAUGCCGAAGAGACGAGACAUUCUGGCCAUUGUGUUGAUCGUGUUGCCUUGGACGCUACUUAUCACUGUUUGGCAUCAGAGUGCCAUCACCCCUCUGCUAGCUGCUCGAAAGUAUGACAGACAUGAGAGUCGGCGAGACUCCCGGAAUACCUUCACCUUCAAGGAGCCCUGCACCUCGGAGAACAAAAAGGACAUUGUGGAGGUUGUGCGCACCGAGUACGUCUACAGCCGCCAGCCGCCCUGGUCUGAUGUCCUCCCCACCCUCCACGUCGUCACCCCAACCUACAGCCGGCCGGUCCAGAAGGCAGAGCUGACCCGUCUGGCCAACACCUUCCUCCACGUGCCCAACCUGCACUGGAUCCUGGUUGAGGACUCUCAUCGACAAACCCCGCUAGUCACCAGGCUCCUUCAGGAAACAGGCCUGAACUACACCCACCUUAACGUGGAGACACCCAGGAACUAUAAGCUGCGUGGGGACAUGAGAGACCCCAGGAUACCCCGGGGAACCAUGCAGAGGAACCUGGCCCUGCGCUGGCUCAGAGAGACCUUCAGCCCCAACAACAGCAACAGCCAGCCUGGUAUCGUCUACUUUGCAGACGAUGAUAACACCUAUAGUCUGGAUCUGUUUGAGGAGAUGCGUUCAACAAGGAAGGUGUCUGUGUGGCCUGUAGCCUUUGUGGGCGGCCUGCGGUACGAGUCCCCUAAAGUCAAUACCCUGGGCAAGGUUUACGGCUGGAAGACUGUGUUUGACCCCAACCGACCCUUUGCCAUAGACAUGGCUGGGUUUGCGGUGAACCUCCGCCUCAUUCUCUUUAAGCCUCAGGCCUACUUCAAGCUGCGGGGAGUCAAGGGAGGAUACCAGGAGAGCAGCUUACUGCGGGAGCUGGUCACCCUCAGCGACCUGGAGCCCAAGGCUGCUAAUUGCACUAAGGUACUUGUAUGGCACACUAGGACAGAGAAGCCUGUCCUGGUGAACGAGGGAAAGAAAGGAUUUACGGACUCCAACGUGGAGAUAUGAAACUUAUUUUGGAGCACAGGUUAUAUAUGGCUGGGAUUCCAAACGGACUGACAAAAGACAAGCUCCAGGCAAGCAGGAUCAGGGUGAAAUAUAUAUUUACUGUAAUACGACUGUAAAGGGAGUCAGACGGCCUUAUUGUCUACUACAAGCAGUACACAGCUAUGUAUCAAUACAGGCAUAGAAUAUCAAAGCACAGAUUCAUGGAGGAUGGUGAUACUGUAUCUAGCUAAGCGCUUUACUGAUGCAUCAAUGGAAGACGCCCACAAGGAGCUCGCCAGUCGCCAGAGUGCAACUUAAACAAAAGACUGUCGGCGGUUCAGACAACUGGAUGGCUUCAUACAGUGGUCAACAGGAAGCAUCCUUAACCCAGCUGACACAAACCAACAUGAUUGUAACCAGGUACUGGACCAAACUGAAUCAAUCAGGGGCCCCAAAUGGCUUUUGUCUGUUGGUGAUUAGGCUCCUUUUGUUGUGGAGCGGACUGUACUUGGGGUGCAGAACAGAGCUGGAUAAAGUAGGUCUUGUCUGACUGGAGUCAGCAUUGACACUGACAGACUGAUCUGGAGAGGACAUGAACCCUUCCCACGUCCCAUUGUAAAACACUGAGCUAUUCAGACAGCUCUGCUCCCUCAAACCUAUCACUAAUUAGCACACAAACAUCCGCACGCAUACACGCACAGAGUAAUCAGCGUAGGAACAAUGAUUUAGUAUAAGCCCCGCACUGUAAUGCCAGCUUUUAUUUGCUGUUGCACAUCUUUUACUGACCAUUUAACACUACUGAUUUAUAUCAACACUUUAAGAUCAGGGUCUAUUGUCUGUUACAGUUUCUCAAUCACAUACAAGCAUUUUUUUAACAAUCGAUUUUCAAAACAAAGUUCACAAGACAGAACUCUGUGGCUUUUCACAAAACAGUGAAUGGUUGCCUUACCAAAAUGUAGUUACCUUCUCAAAAUAUAAAUGCAUUAAAUCAAAACUGAAAUUGUACAUUCAAAAUUGCUAAUUAAUUCAUCAAAAAAACACGACUGCCUGCAAAAAGAUUAACACAACCAUACUUAUCUUGAAUCCAAGUAGACACGAGAAAAAAAUCCCAGUAGAUCAACACAUUUUCCUUGCAGUUACUAACUCAUGAUGAUCAAAAUUGUAAGUACAACUAACCAAAAGUGCAGAAUUAUGUGCAAUUACUCUCCUUUUAUGCGUAUUUCACCAAACAAUUUCAUACACAUUAAAUCAAAUAUAUUCCUGAUAACAAACAAAAUAAGCACAUUGUGUGCAGGAUUCAUCGGUAUCAUCACAAUCCAAUUCCAUUCCGUAUUCAAUACAUAACUAUGAGCAAACCAGGCUUUGUAGACUCCAUUGGCGCACAGAAACACAAUCCAAAAUUGAAAUAAGGAAAGGUGAAUACAAUGGAAGAAUAUAACUGGUAUGAAUGUAUAGGGAGGCCUCAAAGCAAAACCUCUAUAAUGAAAGGUCACAAUGUUGGCGAGGAUAACUUAGGAGUAACCCAACUUUAUCUGCAUCCCUACAGUAUGUGUACAUGGUAUGACACUGAUGGGGUGAUUUAGAAUUUCAUGCAGUAGUAUUUACUGAUUGCCAGAAACAGUGAACACAAUUGCACACAUUUCUCUUCUGAAGAAUACAAUGUGUUAAUAUUCUGUGACCAAAGCACUUAACAGUGAAUAUUGUAUUUACCAAUGACAUUUGUACUUAAAGUCUUGCAAAAGGUGGUCUAAGAAUUCCCAGAAGAUACCGACCCUACCAUUACUCUUGUUUACACUGGUAUGUGAACGCAAUCAUAAUUACAUUAAGACAAUGUGGAGCCAGUGCAAGAUAUGGGUUGGAAAACAUACCUCAGUGCAGGGAUGGGAUAUGCCACUGUACUUCAAAUUUUACCUUUAUAACAGUAGGGUCAGUAUCUCCUGGAAAGUCUAACACGGAACCCAAACCGGCUGCGCGCGUGCGCCAUCAUGCAUACAUUUAUUUUGCCCCCCCCACACCAAACGCGAUCACGACACGCAGGUUAAAAUAU